AAAAACAGCUGCAAAAACACGUUGGUCUUUCUGACACAGUUCACAGACAUGACAUGAUUGAUCAACAGAGUGGGAACCUGAGCUUGCACAUGUACAACAGGCUUCCAUGUGUAUGUGUGUGAGCUGGAGACAGACAAGCAUCUCCUCUUUUAAUCCAGUUAAAGUUUACAAGUCAAUCUGAGGAGGAUCUGCCUCUCUUCUUGUGCAGAAUACAAUUUCUGCUCCGACAUCUUUUUAAACUGAGGUUAAACAAGGACGAAGCUCACAUCGGAAAAAAGCCAAAGAAGAUGGGGAUCUGCCCCAUCAGAUGUCAAUCCAACCUGACAGUGUUAGAAAAUACACCUGAAUCUUUAUCACAAGCCAUCCAUGAGAGCAUGAUUGUAUCCCUCUGUAACUACACAUCCUUUGGACAGACAGAAUUCACCAUGUGCUUUGGGGAGCAACUGACCAUCAUAUCACAGGAUGGUGAUUUUAUGAUGGUGAGAUCCUCUACCACAGGCAUUGAGAGCUACAUUCCCACCUGUUACACGCCAAGGUGGCUGUUCACAGGCAUCAGCAGGAACAAAGCAAUAGAGCUGCUUAUGGAGCCUCAAAACCUGAGUGGAGCCUUUUUGAUCAGAGAGUCAGAGACAACCACAGACGGUUACUCACUGUCUGUCCUGAGGAGGACCAACUCUUCGGACUGUGUAAAACACUACCGCAUUUCAAACCUCCAAAAUGGCUGGUUCUACAUAUCUCCAAGACUCACUUUUCCAUCCCUGCAACAUCUAGUGGAGCACUAUUCAGAGUGUGAAGAUGGACUGUGCUGUCGGCUCUCUGGACCGUGCUUCAUCAAGGGUUUUGACAAUGCUAGAGAGGCCAGGCCUGUUCCCACCGCUAUCAGGAGGCCUACUUUCAACUGGAAGGACAUUAGCAGGUCAAUGAUCUUCCGGAGAAAAAGAACAGAGUCAGACAACUCUUUGGUGAGCGAGGGGCUGAGAGAGGCCAUCUCCUCCUACCUCCAAAUGACAGAAGUUCAAGAUCAUAGCUGGGACACUUGAGGAAACAGCAGAUAUUUUUUUCUCUCUAAUUCUUAGAGAAUGAACUUAGAUAAGGAAUCAGUAAUAUACUGUCCUGUCUUAUCUGCAGCGUGGACAAAACCACUGGAAGAGGUCGACAACACGCCCAAAUAGACUCAAAAGUAGGAAGUGACUGAAGGGCUUAGACACUACAAUGUUUUAAGUUGUGACACACAAUUUGUCUGCAGAAAGUGUUUGUCCCUUAAAAAGAAAUUGAAAGUCAGAGAAACAUUGGUUGCAGUUGCUUUAAAAAAAAAAAGAAAGAAUGUAUUUUAAUUUAUUACCUUUCAUGUACAUACAU